AUGGACUCUCAACCUCGGUCACUGCCUAUACAUCCCAUUGACAAAUAUGGCCCUAAAUUUGUCGAGAAGGCUGACAAGAUACAUCACCGGGUCACUAUGAAGGAAGAGUCAAAGCCCGCUGGAGGCUUUGAUCCGACUCCCAUUCCUCAUGCCCCGCCAGGCUAUACCCUCAAGAUUACUUUCCAUCGCGCAGAGGAUCUGCCCAUCGCGGACUUUGGCAGUUUUUCCUCCGAUCCCUAUGUCUCAGCGCAAAUGGUAGUCGACCUGCCGAAGCGCCAUAAACAAGACCCCGCCGUGAGCUUCCGCACCCCGACCGUGCGCAAGGACAUGAACCCCAGCUGGGAAUGCGAGUGGAUUGUUGCAAAUGUUCCCGCUUCGGGGUUUCAGUUGAAAUGUCAUCUGAUGGACGAGGACCCCGCGGAUCACGAUGAUAAGCUGGGGAUCGCUUUCAUCGACGUUCCUACACUCUCGGAAGACUGGGCAGGUUUCAAGGAGAAGUCCUUCAAGGUUAAAAAACGCUUUGGGAGCAAGCGCGUCUACGUCUUUACUAAUCUCUCUGCUUUUGCGACUGGUCACCAGAAGGAGUCUUGGUUGGUGGUCAGUAUCGAAUGCCUCGGUAAGACCCCUGGCACGGAGGGGGGUCAUAUGUACACCAUCGGUCCCAACCAUUGGUUUAAGCAUUUUUCUCCUUUGAUCGGACGGCUUGCUGGCAUCAAAGAUCAAGUUCAAAGCAAAGAUGGCAGUGGCAAGGCUAUUAGCCGCUACAAUUUCCAAGCGAUUCAGAUGCAGCUCACAGGCCCCAUACCUGCAGAGUUAUACCAUCGCUAUGUAGAGUUCAAGCCAUUUGUGGCAGGCAUGUUUCAGGCGCAGAGUCUACGAGGACGUAUCCUGCAUAAAGCGCUCCAUCACCAACACCAGCGCAUCUACAAUUUCGACCGCACUACCUUGCACGGGUCCUUUCAGACUCCUUGCCGUGCACUCACCCAGAAAUUUUUGGAGUUUGCGCAUUAUGGCCAGGGUGGACGGAUCUUCACCUAUGUGCUCACCUUGGACGGACAAUUCCGGUUCACCGAGACCGGUAAAGAAUUUGGCAUUGAUAUGCUGAGCAAGCACACGAUGCACAGCGAUGUGUCUAUCUACAUCGCGUACUCGGGCGAAUUCUUCCUUCGGCGGCGUAAGCAUCGCCAUCGUCGUAACUCCCCAGAAGGACGUGCAGAGCGCGCAGAGAAUGUGGAGAAUGCGGAGCAUGCAGAAUCGAGCACAGUACCCACAGACGAGUUUCCAGUAGAGGAAGAUGAGGAUCACAAUGAGGGCGAAGAUCUGGACCAAACCGAAGAAGGGAUCCCUAUCUCGACCGAUCCAGUGGACUACGAACUCUUUAUUGAUAACGACAGUGGAACUUACCGUCCCAACGCGGAGAAGCUACCACUCCUACAGGAAUUUGUAUCCUCCAACUUCCCCGGUCUCCAUGUUACGACUCUAGACUGCCAGGCAGAUGCGAAACGAAUGGGAAAACUGAAGGAAGAGCAGCGGGAAUUCAAGAAGACCUCAGGAAAUGUUAUUACGUUUCUACAACAGAGCAGCGCAUCUUCACUUUCAAUCUCCAGCUCGGAAGAGGAUGAACUCAACGAGCGCAGUGGUCAUCCUAAACAACGUGGAGAUCUUUCCCGACGAGUUCAUGAGAUGCGUGAUCUACGAGGACAGGUAAUGCGGUGGGUAGAAGCGGAUGAGCCUAAGCACAAGCGUUACUCUACCCGUGAGCGUCCCGCAUCGGCUGGUGUGAUCACUGACCGUCAUGGAAGUCUCGCGACUUGA